AUGGAGAAAAUGAUGAGCCAGAAGUCCAGCAGAGCCUCCCAGGCCACCCAGGGCUCCAGUGGCCGCUCUGCCAUCGUGGUGUCUGGCCAGAGCUGCAGCGGCUCCAAGUCCCAGUCUGCCUCUCGCUCUGGGGGAGGCAGUGCCUUCUUGGCCUGUGCUAUGAUGGGGGGCACCUUUGGCAGCAGGAGCCUGUACAGCCUUGGGGGCAGCAAGAAGAUCUCGCUGAGUGUGGCCGGAGGUGCUGCCCAGGCUGGGGGUGUGACACGGGGGUGUUCGGGUGCCUUCGGGGGCAGCCUGUGUGGGGCUGGAGGAAGAGGCACGAGAAGUGGCUUUGGAGGAGGCUCCUUCAGGGUUGGGGGGAGACCGGGCAGCUUUGGAGGAGCACCUGGUGGAGCUAGAGGCCUUGGGAGUUCGGGGAGCUUUCCCCUCAGCAUCCAGGGGGUGACCAUCAACCAGAGCCUCCUGCAGCCCCUGAACGUGGGGAUCGACCCCUAGAUCGGGGAAGUGAAGACCCAGGAGAAGGAGCAGAUCAAGACCCUCAACAACAAGUUUGCCUCCUUCAUCGACAAGGUGCGGUUCCUGGAGCAGCAGAACAAGGUGCUGGAGACCAAGUGGUGCCUCCUGCAGCAGCAGACGGCCACCUCCAACGCCAGCGCUGAUGACCUGCAGCCCUUCUUUGAGUCUUACAUCAGCUGCUUGCAAGCCCACCUGGACAGGCUGCUGACGGAGCGGGGCCAGCUGGACGGGGAGCUGGGCACCAUGCAGGUACUCAUGGAGGAGUACAGGAGGAGGUAUGAGGAUGAAAUUAACAAGCACUCAGAGGCUGAGAAUGACUUCAUGGUUCUGAAGAAGAGUGUGGAUACAUGCUACAUGACCAAAAUGGACCUGGAAGUCAAAAUGGAGAGUCUGACCAGUGAGAUCAACUUCCUGAGAGCCCUCUACGAAGCUGAGUAUAACCAGGUCCUGUCAGAAUCCAGCGAUACCUCUGUGGUCCUGUCCAUGGACAAUAACCGGCACUUGGACCUGGACGGCGUCAUUGCUGAGGUCAAGGCCCAGUAUGAGAAGAUCACCCAGAAGAGCAAGGCAGAGGCUCAGACUCUGUACCAGACCAAGCUUGGGGAGCUGCAGACCACAGCCAGCAGGCAUGGGCAUGACCUGAGGAGCACCAAGAGUGAGAUCGCAGAGCUCAACAGGGCAAUCCAGAGGCUGUGGGCCGAGAUCGAGAGCAUCAACAAGCAGAAUGCCAACCUGCACGUGGAAAUUUCUGAUGCUGAGAAGCGGGGGGAGCUGACCCUCAAGGAUGCCCAGGCCAAGUUGGUGGAGCUCAGAGAGGCCCUGCAGCAUGCCAAGCAUCAGCAUGCCCAGCUCCUGCGUGACUACCAGGAGCUGAUGAGCACCAAACUGGCACUGGGUGUGGAGAUCGCCACCUAUCAGAGGAUGCUGGAGGGCGAGGAGUGCAGGAUGUCAGGGGAGUGCCAGAGCCCAGUGUGCAUCUCUGUGGUCAACCACACUUCUAGCAGCAAGGGCAUUGGUACUGUGGGCAGCAGCAGCAAUGGUGGCUGGGGUAACAGAGGUGGCCAGGGCAUCCAAGGGGACAGCAAGUCCAAGACUGUUGGGAAGGGCGUCUAG